AUGCCGCAGAAAGAAUAUUGUCCCAAAGGAUAUCAAGAAGCUGCUGCUGCUGCGUCUCAAGCUGCGGUGAAUCUGCGCUCAAGCGGUGCCAGCAAACAGCACUUUGAUUUUUCUUUAGAGGCCAUCCGUGAGAACCUCUUCCGCGUCACAUUCACCUCGCAAGACCAUCCUCUCCCUCCGUAUCCAAGCGUGACGAAACCAGAGACAAAUCUCGACAAUGUUCAUGUAUCCACAACCUCCGGCGCCGCGCAGAAGACGAUCGAAGUCGGCGGGGUUACGGCGUCGGUAGAGUGGGCGCAUACCCCGGUAGUUUCACUGUCAUGGACAGGCGAAGACAAGCCCCUGCACCGCGACCUGCCACUGCGCUCUUACGUCGCGGAUGCAGACGGCAUCGCAUACUACAGCGAGCACGACCGCAAUGCGCUCCACGUCGGACUGGGAGAGAAAAGAGCACCAAUGGACCUGAGCGGCCGCCAUUUCCAACUCUCCGCGACAGAUAGCUUCGGAUACGAUGUGUACAACACCGAUCCGCUAUACAAGCAUAUUCCGCUGUUGAUCAAGGCCACCCCCAAGGGCUGUGUUGCGAUCUUUUCCACGACCCAUGGCCGGGGAUCCUGGUCGGUUGGGUCCGAGGUGGACGGGCUUUGGGGUCACUUCAAGGUGUACCGGCAGGACUACGGCGGUCUUGAGCAGUACAUGAUCGUCGGGAAGACGCUUCGCGAUGUUGUGCGGUCGUACGCUGAGCUCGUGGGCUUCCCGCUCCUCGUGCCCCGCUGGGCCUAUGGGUACAUCUCUGGCGGAUACAAGUACACGAUGCUGGACGAGCCGCCGGCCCACCAGGCGCUCAUGGAGUUUGCGGACAAGCUGAAGGAGCACGGUAUCCCCUGCUCCGCCCAUCAAAUGAGCUCGGGAUACUCGAUUGCAGAGACGGAGCCCAAGGUCCGCAACGUCUUCACCUGGAACAAAUACCGGUUCCCCAACCCGGAAGAAUGGACUGCCAAGUAUCAUGCCCGCGGCAUCCGUCUUCUGUCGAACAUCAAGCCGUUCCUUCUCGCGUCGCAUCCGGACUUCCAGAAGCUCGUCGACGGCAACGGGUUCUUCAAGGAUCCCGCGUCCAACGAACCGGGCUACAUGCGGCUGUGGAGCGCUGGAGGGGCCACUGGAGGCGAUGGAUGCCACAUCGACUUCACCUCGGCGUAUGCCUUCAAGUGGUGGUACGACGGCGUGCAGAGCCUGAAGCGCGCCGGGAUCGACGCCAUGUGGAACGACAACAACGAGUACACGCUUCCCAACGACGACUGGCAGCUGGCCCUCGAUGAGCCGACUGUUUCGGAGGCCGUGAAGAGACAGAGUAAAGACAAGUCCGUUGGGCUGUGGGGCCGUGCGAUGCACACAGAGCUCAUGGGCAAGUCUUCUCACGAUGCACUUCGCGAUAUGGAACCCAAGAACAGACCCUUUGUCCUGACUCGCAGUGCCACCGCUGGCACAAUGCGGUAUGCGGCUAGCACUUGGAGCGGUGACAAUGUUACCAGCUGGGAGAGUAUGAAGGGCGCGAAUGCGCUGUCUCUCAACUCGGGCAUGUCCCUGAUGCAGUGUGAGGGCCAUGACAUUGGCGGAUUCGAAGGUCCUCAGCCAUCUCCCGAGCUCCUCCUCCGCUGGGUGCAGCUGGGGAUCCACUCGCCCCGAUUCGCGAUCAACUGCUUUAAGACCUCGCCCGGAAACAGCUCCGUCGGCGAGGUCAUCGAGCCAUGGAUGUACCCGGAAAUCACCCCACUGAUCCGGGACACCAUCAAGCGCCGAUACGAGAUCCUCCCAUACAUCUACUCUCUCGGCCUGGAGAGCCACCGGUCCGCGUCUCCUCCGCAGCGCUGGGUCGGCUGGGGAUACGAAUCCGACCCGGAGGUCUGGACGCCGGUGCUGAAGUCCGGCGACGAACAGUACUGGUUCGGCGACACCAUUCUUGUCGGCGGCGUGUACCAACCCGGCGUCAGCGUGGGCAAGAUGUACCUGCCGCGCAAGUCGAACGACACGUUCGACUACGGCUAUGUGAACAUGAACGCGCCGUACACGUACUAUGCGUCCGGGCAGUGGGUGGAAGUGCCCUCCGAAUGGAAGAAGAGCAUUCCCCUGAUGGCGCGGGUCGGCGGCGCGAUCCCCGUGGGCAAAUCCGUUCAGACGCGGGUCCCUGGCGAUGACACUGCCGCGUCUGUGGCCGUGGAGGAGGUUGACGACUACAGAGGAGUCGAGAUCUUCCCUCCCCGCGGCAGCUCCCAUGACAAUGUGUUCUCGACGACGUGGUUCGAGGACGACGGCAUCUCGGUCAACUCGAGCGUUUCGCAGUAUACCAUCACGUACCGUUCGACAGAGGACAGGGUAAUUGUUGGCUUCGCCCGCGAUGAACACAGUGGGUUCGUUCCCGCCUGGAAGGACUUGGAUAUCAUCCUUCACAACAACGAUGAGAGACGGGUUGUCUCGGACGUUGGAAAGACCGUCGAGUAUAAGGGAAGAGACAGCCGUGGCCGUGAGGUGUAUAUUUUGAAGUGCUAG